GUAGCAGGGAUGGUGCACAGUAGCACAGGGACAGCCUCACCUGAGCAAUGGCCAGGGGAUGGCGUGAAAAAUCAAACCCAUCAUCAACACCAGCAAGGCACAUUGAAGACAUAGAUGCUCAUCAUCUUUACCUUCCCUAUAAUAGGAGUAAUACCACCAUUUCCAGAAGCAAGGAACCGACAACACAAUGGUGGGCGAAGAGAUGUGUGUAAGAAAACGGCUCUCAAAGUCCAGUAAACAUGCUGAGGAAAAGGAAGAAGGCCAGAGAGACUGUACAGAGGAGUCCCAAGAGAUGCCUAGUAACGGUCGGAUUGAUUUAAAACAGUUGAUAGCAAAGAAGGUACAGUUGACAGCAGAGGCAGAGGAAUUGAAGCCCUUUUUUAUGAAGGAAGUUGGCAGUCACUUUGAUGAUUUUGUGACCAAUCUCAUUGAAAAAUCUGCAUCAUUAGACAAUGGUGGUUGUGCUCUCACAUCCUUUUCUGUUCUUGAAGGAGAGAACAACCACAGAGCUAAAGAUCUGAGAGCACCUCCAGAACAGGGAAAGAUUUUUAUUAUAAGGCGAUCUCUCUUAGACGAGCUGUUUGAGGUGGACCACAUCAGAACAAUAUAUCACAUGUUCAUAGCCCUCCUCAUUCUCUUCAUUCUCAGCACACUUGUAGUAGAUUACAUUGAUGAAGGAAGGCUGGUGCUUGAGUUCAAUCUCAUGUCUUAUGCUUUUGGCAAACUUACUGUUGCUGUGUGGACGUGGUGCACCAUGUUCUUAUGUACACUUACAGUUCCCUAUUUCCUGUUUCAACGCUGGGCCAGAGGCUAUCACAGGAGUUCUCAUCCAGUGGUCUAUUCUCUCUUGCACUGCUUCUUUUUUGUGGUCUUCCAGAUUGGAGUUCUAGGUUUGGGACCACUUUAUGUUGUAUUAGCACAUAAACUACCGCCAGCUUCCCGAUUCAUUGUUAUACUUGAACAGAUUCGUUUGAUAAUGAAGGCCCACUCAUUUGUCAGAGAGAAUGUGCCUCGGGUACUCAAUUCAGCCAAGGAGAAAUCAAGCACUGUUCCAGUACCCACAGUCAACCAGUACUUGUACUUCUUGUUUGCUCCUACCCUCAUCUACCGUGACAGCUAUCCCAGGACCCCCACUGUAAGAUGGGGUUAUGUGGCUAUGCAGUUUGCACAGGUUUUUGGUUGCUUUUUUUACGUGUACUACGUCUUUGAAAGGCUCUGCACCCCCUUGUUCCGGAAUAUCAAACAGGAGCCCUUCAGCGCUCGAGUUCUGGUCUUAUGUAUUUUUAACUCCAUCUUGCCAGCCGUGCUGAUACUGUUCCUUAGUUUUUUUGCCUUUUUGCACUGCUGGCUCAAUGCCUUUGCUGAGAUGUUACGCUUUGGUGACAGGAUGUUUUAUAAGGAUUGGUGGAACUCCACAUCAUACUCUAACUAUUACAGGACCUGGAAUGUGGUGGUCCAUGACUGGCUAUAUUACUAUGCUUACAAGGACUUUCUCUGGUUUUUCACAAAGAAGUUCAAGUCAGCUGCCAUGUUAGCUGUCUUUGCUGUGUCUGCUGUAGUGCACGAAUAUGCCCUGGCUGUUUGCUUGAACUUUUUCUAUCCAGUGCUUUUUGUGCUCUUCAUGUUCUUUGGAAUGGCUUUUAACUUCAUUGUCAAUGAUAGUCGGAAAAGGCCAAUUUGGAAUGUUCUGAUGUGGACUUCCCUUUUCGCGGGCACUGGAGUCCUCCUGUGCUUUUAUUCUCAAGAGUGGUAUGCACGUCAACACUGCCCUUUGAAAAAUCCCACAUUUCUGGAUUAUAUCCGGCCACGUUCCUGGACUUGUCGUUACGUGUUUUAGAAGCUUGGACUUUGUUUCCUUCCGUGACACUGAAGAUUGGGUAUUCUACCUGAUUUGGGUCCAGCAUCUGUUCCCAGCUGUAACUGAAGUUAUCUGUGCUGUUUGGACCACUCCAGGCUUCACAGAUGGCUCACUCCAUUCCUAGGCCACCUGAGGCUGCGCUGUUAGAAGUUUACUGGAAGCUUGUACACUUUUACGCAGUUCUUAAUUUUUUUCCUUUUUGAGAGAAGGGAGACUUGUAGCUGAUAUAAUGACAGAUGUUUGCUGGGUCAUAUCAGCUUAAACCUCAGAAAUUCUGUUUUGUUUUUUGACUCCAUCUAAUUAGAGGCUAAACAUCAUGUUUUCUUGGCCACUGAAUUAGCCAAAACACUGAUGAAGAAAUCAUCUAAGUACCUCUGGCUUGGAAAUGUUUUCAUGUACACUGUUGGAAUGUAUGCUGAUUAACCAUGCAAUUGGGAAAGAAAAUCUUGUGGGAUGUUUUGCUAUUUCUAGUAGAGAGAAAAUAUCUAUUUUUCCAAA